AUUUGUCACACCUGGUGGCCCGGGGAAGGUGCCGGUCCUGCUGUCCCCGCGAGGUGACACACGUGUCCCCACCGAGGCGCCACACCUGGUGGCCCAGGUGCCACCGUGUGCCAGCCGCCGCCGUGUCCCCAGGGCCAGCGCGCCGAGGGUGACGCCGCGGGUGGCGCCUGCGUGCCGCUGUCCCCGGACGGUGACGAGGACCGGAUCAUCGGGGGGGUACCCGUGCGUGCCCCUGUCCCAGCCCUGGCAGGCGCUGGUCUACGGCCCAUUGCGGUGUGGGGGCGUGCUGGUGGCACCGAUGUGGGUGCUGACGGCGGCACACUGCGUCAGGAGGGGCCUGCGCGUCCGGCUGGGCGAGGACGACCUGCGGCGGCGCGAGGGGACGGAGCAGGAGCGCCGGGUGACGCUGGCGCUGCCCCACCCCCGCUUCGACCCCGUCUCGCUGGACUCGGACCUGGCCCUGCUGCGGCUGGACCGGCCGGCGGCCAUCGGCCGGAGCGUGCGGCCGCUGCCGCUGCCCCGGGCCUGCGGCCAGCCCGGGCAGUCCUGCCUGCUGUCCGGCUGGGGCACCGUCACCACUCCGCAGGGGUCAGUGACACUGAUUUGGGGUGAAAUUGGGGGAAUUUGGGGUGAAACUGGGAGAAAAAUUGGGGUGAAAUUGGGGGAAUGUGGGGUCACCAUCGGCCGGAGCGUGCGGCCGCUGCCGCUGCCCCGAGAGUGCGGCCAGCCCGGGCAGUCCUGCCUGCUGUCCGGCUGGGGCACCGUCACCACUCCACAGGUGACGCUCCCGGAGCGGCUGAUGUGCGCCUACGUGCAGCUGCUGUCGGACGCCGCCUGCCGCCGGGCGUACCCGCGGCGCAUCACGCCCAGCAUGCUCUGCGCCGGCGUCAGCAACCGCCGCGUCGACUCCUGCCAGGGUGACUCCGGGGGUCCCCUGUCCUGCAAUGGGACCCUGCAGGGCGUCGUGUCCUGGGGGCUGCAGACCUGCGCCCUGCCCGGCCACCCCGGCGUCUACACCAAGGUCUGCAGGUUCACACCAUGGAUUGUGGAGACCAUGGAGAGGAACUGA